AUGAUUUCCCUUAUAGAAAGAAAGAAAAACAGAUAUUACACACUGUUCUCUGCUCAAAGGGACAAAGUUCCUCUCCUCUUCUUUGUUGUUCUGUCUUCCUUCCUUUUUUUUUCUCUCCACUCUUCUGAUUUCACUUUUCUUCUCUUCUCGUCACCUAUCUCUUCACUUCUCUCCUCUUCAGAUCACCUCUCCCUCUUCAUCACUUUUUGUCACCUAUUCACCUCUCCCUCUUCAUCUCUUCUCGUCACCUCUCAUCUCUUCUUCUCCCUCUUCUCUUCACCUCUUCUCUUCACCUCUCUCUCUGUUCUUCUUCUCAUCUUCUCUUUCUUCUUUUCCCUCUUCUUCUCAUUUCUUUCACCUCUCUUUUCUAUUCUCUUCACCUCUCUCUUCAAUUCACCUCUCUCUUCUUGUCCCUCUUCUCAUCUCUUCUCUUCACCUCUCUUCUUUUCUCUUCAUCUCUCUCUUUUCUUCUCUUCACCUUUCUCUUCUCUUCUCCUCCCUCUUCUCAUCUCUCUCUUCUCUUCACCUCUCUCUUCACUUCACCUCUCUCUUCUCUUCUCCUCCCUCUUCUCAUCUCUUCUCUUCACCUCUCUCUUUUCUUCACCUCUCUCUUCUCUUCAUCUCUUUCAUCUCUCUCUUCUCUUCACCUCUCUUCCCUUCACCUCUCUCUUCUCUUCACCUCUCUUCCCUUUACCUGUCUCUUCUCUUCACCUUUCUUUUCUCUUCUCUUCACCUCUCUCUUCUCUUCACAUCCCUUCACCUCUCUCUCUUCUCUCUCUUCCUUACCUCUCUUUCUCUUUUCUCUUCUCUCUUCUCUUUACCUCUUCUUCCUUCUCUCUCUUCACUUCAUCUCUCUCUUCUCUUCACCUCUCUUCCCUUCUUCCCCUCUCUCUUCUCUUCACCUCUCUUCCUUUACCUCUCUCUUCUCUCUUCUUCCUCUUUCUUCUUCACCUCUCUUCCCUUCACCUCUCUCUUCUCUUCACAUCUCUUCCUUCACCUCUCUCUUCUCUUCACCUCUCUUCCCUUUACCUCUCUCUUCUCUUCAACUUUCUCUUCUCUUCUCUUUACCUCUUUCUUCUCUUCACUUCUCUCUUAUCUUCACAUCUCUUCACUUCAUCUCUCUCUUCUCUUCACCUCUCUUCCCUUUACCUCUCUCUUCUCUUCACCUCUCUUUUUUCUUCUCUUCACCUCUCUCUUCUCUUCAUCUCUCUCUUCACCUCUAUUUUCUUCUCUCAUCUUGUCUCUUCCUCCUCUUCAACAGUAUAA